AUGGCCUCCAAGCCUGCCAAAGGUGGGCUGGAGGUGAAGCCCCAGAACCGUAACGGUCGUUCGCCAUCCCGAUCCCCUGGUCAUAGGAAUCGGAAAAAAGCUGCGGCGUCGAAAAAGCUCGACUACAGCUCUGAAGGGAUUUCGGAUUAUGAUGUACUUCAGUUGCCAGUUUCAGAUUAUAAAAUUGUGUUGUUGUUGACGGCUGUAUCCGUUGUGGUCCGGCUGUUCAGGAUCUACCAGCCAACAAGUGUGGUAUUCGAUGAAGUGCACUUCGGUGGAUUUGCGACCAAAUAUAUCAAUGGAAAGUUUUUCAUGGACGUACAUCCCCCGCUCGCGAAAAUGCUCAUCGCCCUUGUCGGAUACCUGGCUGGAUUUCGCGGUGACUUCGACUUCAAGGAAAUCGGGAAGGACUAUUUGGAGCCCGGGGUUCCAUACGUAGCUAUGCGUAUGCUGCCCGCAAUAAUGGGUAUUAUGGCUGUCCCAACCAUGUUUCUUACGUUGAAGGCAUACGGGUGCCGAACAUCCACAGCUUCUAUGGGCGCGCUUCUUGUUACGUUUGAGAACGGUCUUGUUACCCACAAGCAGCAGCAGAUUACUUUAUAUCCCCAUAAGGAUGAAAACAACAUCUGGAUCAUGGAAAACCAAACUCAGCCAUUGGGUGAAUAUGGAGAAAUCGAGGGACCAUCUGCCUGGGAUAACCUGACUGCUAACCACGUCAUAGACGGGUCAGUGAUCAAGCUCUAUCACACAAGCACUCAACGAAGACUUCAUUCCCAUGAUGUACGCCCACCCGUAACGGAAGAGGAAUGGCAGAAUGAGGUAUCUGCUUAUGGCUAUGAAGGGUUUGCCGGUGAUGCGAACGACUUAUUCCGCGUUGAAAUUGUCCGAUCAAUGUCCGAUGGUGACGAAGCGCAGAAGCGCAUCCGCACAAUCCAGACGAAAUUCAAACUCGUCCAUGUGAUGACAGGAUGCGUUCUAUUUUCGCAUAAGGUGAAGCUUCCAGAAUGGGGAUUUGAGCAGCAGGAAGUUACAUGCGCCAAAGGCGGCUCCUUACCCAAUAGCAUUUGGUAUGUUGAGCAAAAUGACCAUCCAAUGCUCGGACCAGAUGCCGAGAAGGUCAAUUACAAGCUUCCUGGGUUCCUGGGCAAAUUCUGGGAACUUCAGAAAGUUAUGUGGACAACGAACGCAGGCCUGCUCGAUUCACAUGCUUGGGAUUCCAGACCUCCUUCGUGGCCAACUCUUUUACGCGGUAUUAAUUUUUGGAGUAGAGAGCACCGCCAGAUCUACCUGAUGGGGAAUCCCCUUAUUUGGUGGUCUUCAACUACUGCAAUCAUUGCCUAUGUCAUUUUUAAGGCCAUUGCCACGCUACGGUGGCAACGCAGCUGCCAUGAUUAUAAAAACGUCACCUUCAAACGAUUCGAUUAUGAGAUUGGCCAAACUGUUCUAGGAUGGGCUUUCCACUACUUCCCUUUCUAUCUUAUGGCCCGCCAACUCUUCCUUCAUCACUAUUUCCCGUCUUUAUACUUUGCCAUCCUUGCAUUCUGUCAGGUCAUCGACUAUGGCGUCAACAGAAUCAGUCUGUCUGGCAUGGUGAGCAGCAAACGUGUAAUUGGCAAGAUAUUCAUGGUGCUCUUCGUUGUUUUGUCUAUUGUGACUUUCACCAUGCUCUCGCCCUUGGCGUAUGGUAACCCUUGGACUAAAGCUGCAUGCCGCAGAGCCAAGCUUCUUGAUUCUUGGGAUUUUGAUUGUAAUCUCUUCCAUAAUGAUCUAGCUGAUUAUCAGAAAGCAAGCUUUGUUGGUGGAACUACACAAUCCGUACAGGCAAUACCAACUCCCGAGUCGCAACAGCAGCAGCAACAGGUUGUUGACCAGGCGGAAGGAGGAGACAAUGCUGCGUUGGUGACCCCUAGACAAAACCUAGCGUCUACCCAUCUCGACUCAGUGGUAUAUCGUGAUCAGCAUGGAAAUAUUUUGAAUGAAGAGCAAGUUGCAAUGCUGGAGAAAAAUGGCAACGUUUCAUUUGAAACCAGAUAUGAAACCAAGACACGAAUAAUCGAUGCUCAGGGUCGCGAGGUUAAUGGGGAACAACUUGCCCCUUACCACCCCGAUGCGGAGGGACAGAAUCCCGAAACAGCAGGCCAAGGCGGCAUGGUAGGUGAGGUGCCUAUUAACAAACCUGCAUCCGUCCCUGGUGAUGAGAAAUCUGUAGAACGGGAGGACGAUGGUAAGCCCAGACCCGCAAGUGAAGGCAAUGAGGCUACGAAAAAGGAUGAAGGAAAUUGA